UAAUGAUGUCAGGGCAUAUACAUUUAACAGUUUUACCCAUGUAGAUAAUAGAUAUAUUUCCGUUUAGUGAAUUGUUGCUGGCUGGCCCCCGAGUCAAUAUGAAUUCUGCUGUUCUACCAAUCAGCAAAACGCUCCAACGAGCUCGCAAACUGUAGUAUCACGUAACCAGGUCCAUUUAGCUGCUCUGUCAUACAGAGAGCCAGUUUCUUCAGACUCCGGACAACGUGGUGGUGGUGAGUCUCCUCUAAGGGAGAGGAAAACCUGGCAAACACCUGGUAACAACAUGGAUAAUGGAGGCUAGAUGAGUUUUGCGCACUCGGAAACGAAUUGGUCUCUAAUUCAACCCCCCCAAAAACCCACAGAAGUGACAUUUGGACUUCUACAUUGCCGUGGGUGUGAUAGUCUAAGAACCAAUGAAUGCCACGGCUUGGAUAAUGGAGGUUUGGAUUAGUUCAAACCACGACGGGUCUCGCCGCCGCUACUGGUAACGGUUUAGGCUAAAUGUUUGGUGUUCUCCUAAUGCGCGGUGCUAUAACAUCUUCCGACUCCAACAGAAACGGAAAGAUUUCCGACUGAUGUGAAACAUUUCAACUGAUCUAAGAUCUCGGGAGCUGUUAGGUUAAUAUCAGAGAGCUGCUGAUGAAAUAUAGCCAUAGAUACGUGGUUUUAUAACGGGUUUUGGUUUUUUAACGCUGGAAAACCCGUUAAACACCUGGUUAGAGUCGAGACGCGUAAUCCCAUGUUGGAGAGAUCACAAGAAAUGUUUGGGUUGCAGAGAAGAGGGGAAUUUGACAUUCUCUCUGUGUCACUCAUAGUGGCGUUGAUGUGCUGUGCGCAGAGCGCCAACGAACCAGGGAAUAUGUCUUUCGUAAAGGAGACGGUGGACAAACUGUUGAAGGGGUAUGAUAUCCGCCUUCGACCAGACUUUGGAGGCAAACCGGUUUCUGUUGGCAUGAGUUUAGAUGUGGCAAACAUCGACAUGGUGUCAGAGGUCAACAUGGACUACACGUUGACCAUGUACUUCCAGCAGUACUGGAGGGACAAGAGGCUGGCGUACGCUGGGAUCCCCCUCAACCUGACGCUGGAUAACCGGGUCGCCGACCAGCUCUGGGUCCCCGACACCUACUUCCUCAAUGAUAAGAAGUCCUUUGUGCAUGGGGUCACCGUGAAGAACCGUAUGAUCCGACUGCAUCCGGACGGCACCGUGCUCUACGGACUGAGGAUAACAACGACUGCUGCCUGUAUGAUGGACCUGAGGAGAUACCCACUGGACGAACAGAACUGUACUCUGGAGAUAGAGAGCUAUGGCUACACCACAGAUGACAUCGAGUUCUACUGGAAAGGGGGGGAGAAUGCUGUGACAGGAGUGACUCGCAUCGAGCUGCCUCAGUUCUCCAUCGUGGACUACAAACUGGUUUCCAGGAAUGUGGUCUUUUCCACAGGUGCCUACCCACGUCUGUCUCUGAGCUUCAAGCUAAAGAGGAACAUCGGCUACUUCAUCCUGCAGACGUACAUGCCCUCCAUCCUGAUCACCAUCCUGUCCUGGGUCUCCUUCUGGAUCAACUACGACGCCUCCGCUGCCAGAGUGGCUUUAGGUAUCACCACGGUGUUGACCUUGACCACCAUCAACACCCAUCUGAGAGAGACGCUCCCUAAGAUCCCCUACGUCAAGGCCAUUGACAUGUACCUGAUGGGCUGCUUCGUGUUCGUCUUCCUGGCUCUGCUGGAGUACGCCUUCGUCAACUACGUCUUCUUCGGACGGGGCCAUCGGAUGCAGAAGAAGUUGGCAGAGAAGGUCAACAAUGACAGGGCGGCCAAGUUCGACGGCAACAGGGUAACGUUUACCCCCUCAGAAAUGGUUGACUCUCAGGGCAACAUCCUCCUGACAACCCUGGAGAUCCACAAUGAAGUUGGCGCCGGCAAUGAGAUCACAACCAGCAUCACUGAGACAACCACACGGAACUCCACCUCCAUGAUAUUCAACCAAUCAGGCCUCCAGUACCGAAAACCGAGUGCUCUGAGUGGCCGGGAGAGAAACGCCCAUGCUCACGUGAAGAAGACACGGCUACGCAGGCGGUCCUCUCAAUUCCUUAUCAAAAUCCCCAACCUGACGGACGUGAACUCCAUCGAUAGAUGGUCACGGGUUGUCUUCCCCUUCACCUUUACCCUCUUCAACUUCAUCUACUGGCUUUACUACGUCAACUAGUGGUUCUCAAGCCUCUCCUCAGGGACCCCACAGCCGUUCAUCUACUGUCUUUACUACGUCAACUAGUGGUCUUCAAGCCUCUCCUCAGGGACCCCCAGCCGUUAAAUUUUAGAACCACUGACCUAAGUAACAGAAGGGAUUUUCACUCCUUAAACUUCUCUUGUUUCUCUAAAGAGUAAAGAAACCCAUCUGUAUUCGGAGGACAUAUGACUACGCAGUCCAUACUGAGUGCAGAGAGACACUAGAACAACACUGAGUUGUGGGGUCUCUUGAACUGUACGUUCAGACGAGCAGAGACAGACGCUUUGUGGAAAUACUAUCCUUCUGAACACUCCUCUGUACAAACAAGAGGGGGACACAGUAAAUGGUAUGGGGUUUUCAGAAGCGUUAUUUACUUUGAUUUAUGCCAAUUAUUGUGACUCUACCCCUUAUUUUAGUGUGAGAAAUUCAUUGAGCUAAAACUCAUUAUAAACUGAAUGGGAAAUGAAUUCAGUGUGCUAUUUAUCAUAGUAGCCCGUUAUAAACUGAAUGAGAAAUGAAUUCAGUGUGCUAUUUAUCAUAGUAGCCCGUUAUAAACUGAAUGAGAAAUGAAUUCAGUGUGCUAUUUAUCAUAGUAGCCUGUUAUAAACUGAAUGAGAAAUGAAUUCAGUGUGCUAUUUAUCAUAGUAGCCCGUUAUAAACUGAAUGAGAAAUGAAUUCAGUGUGCUAUUUAUCAUAGUAGCCUGUUAUAAACUGAAUGAGAAAUUAAAUGCACAGCCUUUGAGUCAGGAUAUGUCUGGUUUAUCUGUUGGGAUAUUACCAUUCCAGUCAUGUCUAUGUUCUAUGGACUGUCAGAACAGGAUCAUAUGUACUGUAUAGGGUUGCAAAUGAGCUGAAUAUUAUAGUCAUGAAUAACCAUGACUAGUCAUGUACUGAAUCACUUUUGGAUACUAAUUCCAUUGGCUUGGGUCUGACUAUUCUGCAAACGAUUUACUUUAAAAAAAUAUAUAAGUGCUGAAGUAACCUCUAUGUUAUCUUGAUCUAUAUUUCACUGUACAUUGGAGGCAACGUAAUUUAAACUCUGCUCUCACCAACCCACACCUCAGUAUCACUGUAGUUCAUAGGUCACGCCUAACAUCCACACUGCCAAGAUAAGCAUGUCAUGGAACCCGAAUCAUCCAUUUUUAUUCAUUAAACGAGACUUACUUUUAUUCAUUUUACAAUAAUCAAUGUAAGUCAUUUACCUUCCCUGAGUGAAAUUAUGUUUUCUGAUCACAAGAAAACGUGUGUUCCGAUCUGCUGUCAUGCAAUGCUCAAUCAAGGCUUUGAUGUGGGCCUUACAUGUGUUGGCAAUACAGUAGGCUCUGACCUUCGUCUGACCUAAACUGUACCCAUAUCUUUAUGAAUAGCCUAAUGAAUUUUGAAUGAUGUUAUUUUUUACAAUGUACAUACAUACCGUAGCCAUAGAAAACACAACUCAGGUUGUGAAUGGAGAAGUUCCUUAUCACAAUACACAUGAUCUAUUGUCUGAUUGUGUUAUGACACAGUAUUCCUAUACAUUUCCCUAUGAUUGGUUUGCAAUGUAGCCAUACUAUAUACUACACAUGACUACUACUUUAUGUUUCUCAGUGAAGUAUCCUGUCUUUUAAGACCUCAGAGAACUGACACUAGGGGUUCUGCUCAUACACACUACAACAACAUCCCCCUGGUCCAAGACAGACAUUACACAUUAGAGGCUCUGGGAAUAGGGUGCUGUUUGAGAUGCAGACAGACUUUACACUAGACCACCCUACAGAGAGUCUAGGCCACCCUACAGAGAGUCUAGACGCGCCCCUACAGAGAGUCUAGACGCGCCCCUACAGAGAGUCUAGACGCGCCCCUACAGAGAGUCUAGACGCGCCCCUACAGAGAGUCGCCCCUACAGAGAGUCUAGACGCGCCCCUACAGAGAGUCUAGACGCGCCCCUACAGAGAGUCUAGACCCCACCCCUACAGAGAGUCUA